UAAGGAAAUCUCUUCAAAUGUGGAAUUUGCUCAAAAGUGUGCUCAGAAAAACCUUGAAAUGAGUAGAGAACACAUGCGUUCGAGUACAGCAAAAAAUGAAACUCGAAUUGAAUAUGUGCCUAAUCAAGUGGUAUUCUAUCACUAUCCCGUCAAGAAGAAGUUUCUGAAUUUCAAACUGACUUCAAAACAUUAUCAUGGUCCAUUUUUGAUAGUUCGGAGGGACGGUAACAAUUACUAUCUGAAAAGACCAGAUGGUACCAAGCUCAAAACACCGGUACAUUUUGAUGAAAUACGACCAUCGUAUCAAUUAUGGGCUAAUGAAAUCAAAAAUUGCGAAAUAGCGCAAGAUGAUGACGUAGAGAAAGGUAUCCAAAAUGAUGAAAAUGACACUAAUGAGGCAUCUGAAAGUAAUAAUGAAAAUGAUCUCAAAGAUGAAUUGUUCCAAAUAGAUAAAAUAUGGCGUGGUCGCUAUAAAAAUGGUAUCUUGGAAUACCUUAUACAAUGGAAAAACAUGACAAAAGAUGAAUGUUCCUGGGAACCGUACGAUAAUUUGAAUGAUGAAACCAAAUUGUACCUUAAGAAUCACACGGUACGGUUAGUUGGAAACGUUCCAAAGGGCAUACAGAAGAAGAUAGCAUCAUUCAAUUCAAUUUAAAUUGUUAUGCUUUCACAGUUUACCUAGUAUUGGUGAGGUAUUGAUUUAAACAGGAGUUUGUGAUUUUGAAAUAUGCAGCAUUUUUAUUUCUUGCCUUAAUCAGC